UUACUUGGUGUCAAUUUUUCGACUUCGUGGAACCCCACAUCUUACCCAUCUCUUUCUCAUACCUUUCACUUCCGAAAAAACUAUUCAAAAUGCCUUCAUCUGACCACAAUGAGUCAACCCAGCAGUCCGGCGCCCAGUCUCGCCGACGCAACGGCGGGGAGACCUCUCAUCGUGCUCAGCAAGGGCCCAUAGUCCCUGUCCCGCCAGUUCCCACCUUUGCUGCGGCCAUGCAGCACCCCGACGUCCUCAAGGCCCUCGAAGGGGUCUUCGCAAAGGCUCUCGCCAGUCAAGCGGCCGGGGGAAACACCGUGGCGCCCACGAAAAACCCUGGCAAUACCUUGCUCCAUACCCCUGAAAAGGAGGUCGAGGGGCAGAAGAACCCGACGAAAUCCAAAACCACAGCUCAAUCACCGAACUUGGAGGCCCGGAACCGCCGCGACAAAAGCACCAGACCCGCACCUACCGAACAGACGGGAGAGAGCCGCCCGGAGCAAAGCCUCCAGGUCGUCCGUCGCUCAGUUUACCACCACCUAGGUGACAAGAGCCAAGCCAACCGCGACCUCCGGGAAGUGAUCAGGCGAGGCAAAGCUAUAGGGCAGGACACUGAUGAAGUCGCGGCCCUCAAACGCAGAAUCGCCGAACUGGAAGGCCGGCACCCCUCAGGGAGUGAGCUGUCGCUCCCUGCCUAUCCACGGUCUUGCACACGACCCACUCCCCGAGUCGUGAACAACGCAUCACUUCUUUCCCCCGACAUCCUGCAGGAGGCCGUCCCGAAAAAGAUAAAGCUCGGCCUCUACGACGGGAGUUCAGACCCUGAUUCCCACAUUGGCCUCUACACCUCGUGGAUGGACCUGCACGGCGCCUCUGACGCCCUACGAUGUCGCAUGUUCUCUUUAACGCUGGGGCCGAAGGAGCAGAGGUGGUAUCACUCUCUUUACCCCCCUUCCAUCUCCACCUGGGCGCAGCUCAGGUCGGCGUUCCGGUCGCACUUUAUCGGAUCGCAGGGCGAGAAUGAAAGCCUGAAGGAUUACAUCGCUCGGUUCAACGACCGAGUCCAAAACAUGGAGCGAUGCCACCCUGACGCACUACUGAUUACUGCCCAGGGCGGCCUGAGACCAAAAAUGUUAUUUAGGUGGUCCCUGUGUCAGAACAAGCCGACCACCUACCAGGAGUUUCUCACCCGAGCCCAGGACUACCUCAUGGCGGAAGAGUCCUCGUCAAUCCCCACCUUUGACGCCGUGCCGGCGAAGGGCAAGGCCAAGGAGGAAAAGCCAGGGAAGCCGAGCAAGUCAUUUGCCAAGAUCCAGGCCCAACGCAGACAAAAAGCUGAAGAGCUGAAAGAAAGCUACCAAAGCGUCUUCUCUGUAGAAGAGAUCAAGGCGAAAGGACUAUUGCCGGAUCCGAAGCCGAUGUUCAACGACAAAGACAAGGUGGAUAAGACCCGCUACUGCACAUACCACAAGGCGCAUGGGCACAACACCGACCAAUGCCGGAAUCUGAUCUCGGCUCUACUCAAACUAAUCGACGACCCCCAGCUCAGAAGGUUCACCCACUCUGGUGAAAAGAAGAGGAAGGGGGGCCGUUUCAACGAGGGCCUUGACAGUGACGACGACGCCGACGCCGACGUCAAUCCCAGGAGGAAGAAACCCCAGCAAGGCGGUCCUCACGAGAUCAUGACCUUGUGCCCUGUCGACCAAAAUGAGGCCGGCACCUCAAGGGGCAGGAAAAGAGGGCGGACCCCGUCCAACGAAGCAUACCCGACCGGUUACCCAACCCGGCGCAUUAACACCAGCCGGGGUGAAUCCCUCCUCUCCAAGAGACAGAUCAAGGCCUACGCACGGCAGGCCUAUUACGCCGGGCAGAGGGUAAUGCAUGCCGACAGCAGGCCGGCGCCUGAACCAACCCCAAACAAAAUCUCCUUCACCGAUGAAGACGCUUUCCUGUUUGAUCACCCUCACUCCGACGCGCUGGUGAUCACAGCACCGAUCAUGGCAAUAAAGAUCCAUCGCAUCAUGCCUCGAACGGAUGCCAUUCUUCUCGCACGGGCCCGAAAGGCUGCCGUUGUUGUUCGGCUACUAAACAAAGGCCGACGGGGUAACGAACGGAACCCGCUGCUGGGGAGAGGGACGACGGAGGAAAUCCUACUGGUUCAUGGCGGCCUGAGACUCGUGAAAGGGCGGAGCAGCGGCGGACGGCUGCUAUGGCUCACGGAAAAAGAUCGCGACGCGAACUCGCGGACAGGGAUCGCCGGGAAGAGUCUCGCGGGGAGGUGGAGCAUCUGGUCGCGGCGGAGGGCUCACAGCGGCGCUGCGAAUCGCCGGAGAAGGAGCAGGCGGAGGUCGCGCGUGGAGCGAACGGAGGCGGGGAAAGGUCUGCUAUUCCUCAUCGGUGUGUUGCGCCGGUGCUGCGUGGCGAUGGCUGAGGAGGGUGACGUCGCGAUUGUCUAUGGCAAGAAGAAGGGGAAGGGACGAGGACCGCGGAUUUGCGAU